AUGGGUCCGGAUACAGACCUGGGCCGGGGUCCCCAGCCGCCGCACCUUCUCCGCACCCCGCCCGGGGGCCCGCGGAGCCCCAGGCCCGGCCCGCCCGCGGGAAGAGCGCCCGGACAGGGGCGGUGUGUACGGGCCCGGGGGUUCCGGGCUGCAGGGUCCCUCGGCCCGCUCGCUGUGGCCGGGCCUGGGGCCCAAGGCCGCUCAGGCGGCUCCUCUAAGAGGCGAGAGAUCCGCACGCGGGUCACCCACCAGGACCACUCUGCCUGGGGAGCCAAGUCAGGGCGGCCGGCUGGGGAGGUGGGAGAAGGGGAGGCGCCGCCCGCCCCACCGGGCACACCCUUCUUCCGGCCUCCCCUGCUCCCUGCUCUGCCCACCCGGCUCUCAGCCUCCUCCUCCCGCUCCUGA